CCCGCAUCCUUCUUCAUCUCAGGUCUGGUCCUCGGACUUCUGCUCCUGAGCACUGCAGCAGCCAUGCGUGGCUGCUCGGGUCCUUACCAGCAGCUCCUCAGCCAGCUCCAGAGGCAAGCGAACCUCACAGAGGACACCAGCUCACUUCUGGAACCCUAUAUCCAACACCAAGACCUGAACACACCUAUCCUGAGAGGAUCCUGCACAGAGCAUCCUGGGGCCUUUCCCAGCAAGGAUGCACUUCGGGGACUGAGCAAGCAAAGCUUCCUGUGGACUGUCAAUACCACCCUGGGCCGAGUCCUGAAAGGACUAGUUACUUUACAAAAGCAACUCUUAAAACCCCAGGACUUAGAAGAACUGGAGACGGCCAAGAGGAACAUACAAGGCAUCAGGAACAACAUCCACUGCAUGUCCUGGUUGCUUAAUGGCUCCUCUGAGACUGUUGAGCCCAUGCCGACAGGCCCAGGGCCUUGGCUGCCUCUCACUUCUGCCCUGGGUGUCUUUCAAGCCAAGCUGGAGGGCUGCAGGUUCCUGCGUGGCUACCAUCGCUUCAUGGGCUCAGUGGGGUGGGUAUUCAGGGAGUGGGGAGAGAGCCCGAGCAGGAGCCGGAGACACAGCCCACGCCGGGCUCUGCACAAGGGGGUCCUCAAGACUAGGAUCUUCAGGAGGGGCAAGAGGCCUGUGCCCCGGGGGCAUCUGCCCUGGUAGCGUAAGGGGCGCACCUUGCAGAUGGAGGACACAGGGAUUCCCUUUGGAAGUGAGGUGUCAUGGCAAGACACCAAACUUGCUCUGCUCCAUCCCCCACGACACAGAAGUGCACUUUAAGGAGAGGAGCUGGCUGGGCUGCUCCUGCCUCCUCUGGGUUGAGGAGAUAGAGUCAGGCUAUUGCACCCCCAGCCCCAAGUUUCCCAGUCCUGGUGGGGUGGCCAGGUCAGGCCACGCGGGACCGACUUUCCAUUGAUUCAGGGGUCUGAUGACACAAGCUGACUCAUGGCUGGGCUGACUACCCCCCUCCCCCCAGAUCCCCAGAGGCCAGCCAACCCUUCCCUCUCAUGACUUGCAGGGCUGUUGACCCCAGACUUCCUCCUUUUCAUGGUGGAAGGAUUCUGAGAGGGAGGUCAGGGCUUGAACUGACCUCUGAUGCCUCAUCAAUGCUCAGGCCAGACACCUGGACAUCUGGGUGACCUCACUUUAGGCAGCUGUUACUGGGGUGGGGUGUCCUGGAGGUCUAGGGAAAGGGUGCUCAGGUCCCAGCCCAGCCACUAACUCACUGUGUGACCUUGGGUGGGUCAUUUUACCUCUUAGGACCUUAGUUUUUUCUUUGGGGAGCCAGGGGACUAUAUAAAACCCCCUCUGCCUGUCAGUUGCUGGGAUUUCGUGACACAGGGUGGACAUCAAAUUCUUUGUAAAUUGGGACAUGUGGUGCAAAUGGCCAUGGCGUGAGUGCAUGCUGAGUUCUCUCCCAGUGCCUGGAAGCACCCAGUCUUGGGUCCUGGCUGCUGGCUGCUCCCCCUGGUGGUGGGUCACGGAAUUUUCUCAUAUUGAAACCAUUACCCUCCUGGAGGGGGUCCCAGAAACUGCUGGGCAGAUUCCUUGGAGCAACAUGUCUAAUUUAUUGACUUUUAUCAGUUUUUAAUCAGUUUCAUAUUUAUAAAGUAUAUUUAUGAUGUGUAUUUAAUGUUAAUAUUGUUCUAACAUAUAUUUAAAACUUGCUGGUUUCUAAA